UUAGCCUACAGGUUUUGUACAGGGAUACUCUUUGAUGGUGUUAUAUUUUGGUGUUCAUUCAUUGGGUGUUGAGCUUUGUUGCUGCCGCGCCGAACAGCCUUCACUUGGACUUCGUUGUGAGGCAGGAGAGCUGUAAGUAAAGCAACAAAGGAGUUUCAUGCCUUUGGGAUUGUGUCGCUCUUCCCAUUUUUGAAAGACCCAUACUCAAAAAAGGGAUAUGUGAGUUUGCAUUGUAGCCAUACUGUAAACUAAUGUUGGCAGUUCCAUUUUGGUUUGUUGAUCUUUUGUGUAUACAGCAUAUAUACACUACAUCCAUCACAAACUUGUUAUUGUCUGCCUUCCAACCAGAAAUACUCUUUUAUCUUCAGGAACAUUUCUAUGACAUGCAGAGCAACAAAGGCUUUCUUGAGUGGCGUAUAAAAACUGUGCAGCGUCAAUCCAAAAGCUCAUCUGCAUCCCGUAACAGAGUGGAGCUGAAAGGAGGUCCCACAUCGUCAAGAACAUCUGGAUCCAUAGAUGACCAGCAAACAGGAGAUGAAUGUAUGGAGGCCAUGUCUCUUCUUCACCACAUCACUGACCGUGACUUUGUCUUCCAGAAGAUGAAAGGAACAUUCCAUUAUCGGCAAAAGAUGCUCCAUGACCCACAGCAAUCGGCAGACAUACUUCAAAUGCUUCCUCGUUUCUUGGACACUAAGGGACUGAUUUUGCAAGACUUCUUGAUGAUGUUUGGAGCAGAGACUGCUUCCAGGUUCCUGGAAAAAUGGAACACCAGUUUUAAAGACAAAGUCAUUCAAGAGGCCAGGACCCUCAGAGAGACGUCUCUCCUGAAAAAACAGCUGAAAUCUGCCCUGAAUGAAGAAUCUGACACUGCUGAUGAGCCAGAGUGGGACAGCAACAUGGCAUCUCUUCUUGUAUUGCUCCAUCUGCUAACUCCUCAACCAGCUGGAAGGAAGCGGCCCAAAAAGAUCAGUGUUGGAGAGGCAACUGAUCAUUUGGUUAAAUUUCACAAGUCUUGCCACAGCCUUGAAGAACAUCUCAUGACGAUCGAAGGAAACCCCCAGCCGUAUCUGCUGGCCACGGGGACUUCAAAAGCACAGGUUUUCACCUUCUACAUAGUCUUGGAUAGAAAGCUUCUUCCAUGUCAGUCUUCUACAUCUCUGGGCGCAUUUGAUGAGCUGUUCAAGUCCCAUUUUGUUUUCAGUGUGCGAUAUGAUGAUGCUCUGUCGAGCUUGUACAGAUUCCUGCAGACUACUCUGUACAAUAUCGAUAUAGGGACAACAGAAGAAACUCCAAGAGUCAAAGAGUUAAGAGCAAAGUUGUUAAACAAGCACUAAUUUGCUAAAGCAGCAAACAUGUUCAGAUGUAUCCUUUGUGCGUCAUCCUUUGAUACAGUUUUACUUCGGUUCAGGCAUCUCAAACUAAUUCAUGCAAUGUAUUCUGGGAAAAAUUGGAGACUAAAAUGUGGUCAAAUAGGAUGUUGCUUGCAAUUUUCAAGUUAUUCUGGAUUUAGAAUAUUAAUUAAGAUACAUGAUCCUACUGACAACACAUGUGUACCUCAUGAAACCCCUUCCAACUAUGACACUCAAAUGCACAAUCAUUCUCAGUGCUUAAAUGAUGAAACACCCUCUACUUCAUCACAAUGCCAAAAUGUUGAAGCAGGCCCUUCACUGUCAACUCACAGCAAAGAUAUGUGUGCCUCCAUCAUAGCCAAACUUUUGGGAAGCGGUGUACCCAAUACUGUAAUUCUUUCUACAAUUGAAAAUUUACAGGAAUUUGUGGAAGAUUUGCAGUCUAAUAUUCAGGACCAAGUAUUGAACUUACUUCCAGGUUACAAUCCCUCCAGAUCAGCCGUAGAAGAGCUUUUUAAAAGUAUGGACAACCCUUUUAGCCAGUUGAAUACAGAUAGCAAAUGGAAGAAGUAUUUCAGGGAAAAAUGGGAUAUUGUACAGCCAGUUGAACAGCGCCUAAGAGUAAGGUAUGAUACCAGACAAAAUAGCAAAACUGGAACCUAUGAGCAAGUUCCAAUCAAUGACAAGUUCAUAUAUAUUCCCACACUGAAAUCACUCCAGUUCAUUUUCAAGAAGUAAAGUAUUUGUGAGAUGAUGCAAACAUGUACUCAGUGUGAUAAAUAUGAGGACUUCUGUGAUGGAAGCUACUUCAAAAGUCAUCCUUUGUUUUCGAGUAGUAAGUUUGCCCUUCAAAUCCAACUGUACUAUGACGACUUUGAGUGUGCAAAUCCACUAGGUUCAAAAAAAGGUAUACAUAAAGUUGGCUGCUUUUACUUUAUCCUUAGAAAUCUUGAAUUCUGCCUUAAUGAACAUUCAUCUUGUGUCAUUGUUUCAUGCACAAGAUGCUAAGAAAUACGGAAUUGAUGAAAUAUUAGAGACUACUGGGGUUGCAGUACCAUUUGCUGAUGUUUCUAUAUGUGGCACUCUUGCACAAAUUACUGGUGAUAACUUGGGUAUGCAUACCAUUCUUGGGUUCUUGGAGUCAUUUACUGCAAAUUAUUUCUGUAGAUUUUGCUUAAUUGAUAAAUCUUCAGCUCAGUCAAUUUUCCCAGAAGAUGACCCAAGUUUGACUUUAAGAUCACCAGUUCUGAAUGAUCAGCAUUAUAUGAGUUUGGUAGAUGAUCCGACAUUAACUUCUUCAUUUGGCAUCAAGAGAAAGAGCAUACUUAAUACAUUGAAAUAUUUCAAUAUUGCAGAAAAUUAUGCAGUUGACAUAAUGCAUGAUAUUUUGGAAGGGGUUGGUCAAUAUGAGGUGAUGUUGCUAUUUUUUUUAUUUGACUGAACAUUUCAUCUCUAAAGAAAGCUUGUUAAAUAGGAUGUAUGCCUUUAACUAUGGCUAUCUGGAAAAGAAAAACAAGCCUACGAAUAUUAACCUUGACUGUGCAGGACAUGGAAUAGGGUUAAAUGCAUCACAAACACUGUGUUUGAUCACAAACAUACCUUUGAUAUUUGGUGACCUGGUACCAGAGGAUGAUUUGCACUGGCACUUGUUGCUGUUGUUGCUGAACAUUAUAAACAUUGUGUUCUCAUACUCAAUCACUGAAGGAAUGACUGUGUACUUAAAGCACCUGAUUAUUGAACAUCACAAACUCUUCAAAGAACUGUAUCCAUCAAAGAACUUGUUACCAAAACAUCAUUUCAUGGUCCACUAUCCAAGGUGCAUUCGAAAAAUUGGACCACUCAUUCAUAUCUGGACUAUGAAACUGGAAGCCAAACACAAAUUUUUCAAAGAUUGUGUGAAGAACUUUAAGAAUUUGACAGUGUCACUUGCAAAGAAACACCAAUUUGCAGUAGCUUAUCAUUGGGAAUGCUUAACUUCAAAAGCGGUUGAAUCUGGUCCAGUCAAACUGUGUUUACUUGAGACACUAGAAUAUGCAGAAGAUAUAUCUGCAUAUCUGCACAUUGAUACACAAGCCACUGUCAACCUCACAAACUGGGUAAAUUGUGGAGUUGAAUAUCGUGUUGGCCUCUUUGUUUGCACAAGCACUGAUGAAAACAUGCCAGUGUUCAGUAAAUUAACCUCUAUCAUUUUGCACAAUGGGAAAGUUGUUUUUGUUUUGGUUGAACAUGAAACUUGUUUCCAUGACCAUUUCCAUUCUUUCCAAAUAAGUGAAAGCAUCCCUAGGAAGGUUUUGGUUCUAGAAAGGGAUAGACUAAAGCAUUUCAAAUCGUUUGAUGCCCAAAUGUCCUAUGGGUGUGAUUCACAUUUUUAUGUUGUUUUAGAAAGUUGUAUUGUUUAAGUGAAUGUUUGCUGAAACAUUUUUUCACACUGUGAGUAAAGAAAGCACUUCUAUUCAAAAUAUAACUUGUUACACAAGUAAGUAUCCAUGUAGCAUGGACUGUUAAACACUGUAUGGAUUUGUCAAUACAAAUAAAUAUUUGUAGUAAUAAUGGUAUAUUGCCCAAAUGU